UCUCUCCCCGGGUUCGUCUAGAUUCUUGGACGACGCGUGGUCAUGGGGCUGCCACCUCAGCAUCUCCCCUCCUUUCACGCCAGAAAUUUCUCCCUCCUCAUGAAUUUCCCCAAUAAUCCAAUUAUCUUCCCUCCAAGAUCUUUUGUCUCUGUUUUCCCUCACCAUUCCUAUCUGUUCUGCUCUGCUCUGCUCUGUUCCUCCAUAUAUAUACACACUAGAGCAGGACAGGACAGGACAGGACAGGGAGUAGACUCUUUACAAUCCGAGUUCCUGUUGGAUGCCCAGAUGGCUCAGAUAAUGUCGCCUGUGUGCACGGAGGCACUCAAGCUCCAGACCCCGGCAUCGAACUUGAACUCCAGAAGCCCUUGCCGGGUGUUUUCUAGGACCAGCAGCAUCAGCUCCUUGAGCAUGAUCGGCCGCUGUGCCAGUAGACGAGCCUCCAUGAGAGUCCGAGUCGCAACCGGGGAUCCCGGGUCAGUUGAUUCCGUCGCCGAUGACUACUAUGCCGUCCUGGGGCUGCUUCCUGAUGCCACCCCUGACCAGAUUAAGAAAGCAUAUUAUAAUUGCAUGAAAGCUUGCCAUCCCGAUUUGAGCGGAAACGAUCCCGAGACCACGAAUUUCUGCAUGUUCAUCAAUGAGGUUUACACGGUGCUCAGUGAUCCAGUCCAGAGAAUGGUCUAUGAUGAAAUCCAUGGCUAUGCACUAACUGCAAUCAACCCAUUCGUGGAUGACUCGAGCCCGAAGGAUCAUGUCUUUGUCGAUGAAUUUAGCUGCAUAGGUUGCAAGAAUUGCGCUAAUGUGGCCUCUGACGUAUUCUCGAUUGAGGAAGACUUUGGAAGAGCCAGAGUUUACUGUCAACGUGGGAACCCUAACUUGAUUCAAGAAGCGAUCGAUAGCUGCCCAGUUGAUUGCAUCCAUUGGACGUCUGCUGCUCAACUGUCCCUGCUUGAAGAUGAAAUGAGAAGAGUGGAGAGAGUAAAUGUUGCACUCAUGCUUACCGGAAUGGGCGCUGCGGGGGCGGACGUCUUCAGAAUGGCAAGUUCACGAUGGGAGAAAAGGCAGGCGAAAGUCCUGGAGCAAGCCAAGAUUAGAAUGAUGAAGCAGAAAGGUUCCGAUCAGACUGACUCAUAUUGGAGCAAUCUCUGGGGCAAACCAAAAGAUGACAGAAACUCUGAGGAGGAGAUCAAGGAGAGAGCGAGGAGAGCUGCUGCUGCUGCUCGAAGAUGGAGGGAAUACUCGAGGAGGGGCGCCGAUAAGCCUCCAACUUACAAGCUACCGGAGGCAGUGCCCAACAAAGAGAACUGAUGGCUCAUUAUUUUUUCGAGGACCAUCUCUAAUUACCAUUUACUGUAAUUAAUUGAUUAAAUUGUCUUUCAAGUGCCUGGCCGGCGAGAACCCAUCCACUUACAUGUAAGUAAAAAGUUCAUUCAAACGAUGUAGGAUGUAAUUAUAUAGAAAGAAAAUAAAAGAGGACGAUAUCUAUAUAUAUCUAUAUGCACUUCCAUCA